AGUUUGGAUCUUGUCGCAAUGGCAGGUUUCGUGGGUACAGGGAAGAAGAUAGUGGCGAUAGGAAGGAACUACGUGAAGCAUGCUAUGGAACUGAACAAUCCUGUGCCGUCCGAGCCGUUCUGGUUUCUGAAGCCCACCACGUCCUAUGUGACAGCGGGGAAGCCCGUCAUCAUCCCAAGAGGAGUCGAUGAGAUCCAUCAUGAGGUCGAGCUCGGGGUUGUCAUCGGGAGGGGAGGGAAGAACAUCAAGUCAGAGGAGGCACUGAGCCACGUGGCCGGAUACUGCCUGGCGUUCGACAUGACAGUGAGAACCUGGCAAGACAAGGCCAAGCAGAAGGGGCUGCCAUGGACGGCCUGCAAGGGCUUCGACAGCUCCUUGCCCGUUGGCUCCUUCUUGCACAAGGACCUGGUCAAAGAUCCGAGCAAUCUCACUCUCUGGUGCAAAGUGAACCAAGUGGAAAGACAGAGGGGAUCGACAUCCUUGAUGAUCUUCCCCAUCCCUCAGCUCAUCUCCGCCAUCAGCUCUGUGCACACGCUGGAGGAAGGAGAUCUCAUCCUCACUGGAACGCCAGAGGGUGUGGGGCCUGUGCGAAGAGGAGACGUGCUACAAGGAGGGAUCGAGGAGCUGGACGUGAAAGUUGAGUUUCAGGUUGAGUGAGUCGGUAUUGCAUUAUCCGUCUUUCCUGUCGUAGAAGGCCUCUAGUGG